AUGGCACGGGUCCGCGAGGGCGCCGGCGCACCGCCGGUCGCGGCGUCCACCUCGGCGGCGACGCGGACGCCGUCGCGACGAAGCGCGACCGGCGGCGACGCCUCGCGGCGGCGCUCCGCCUCCGCGUCGCCGUCCGCGUCGCCGUCCGAGGACGAGGCGCGCGAUGAUGCGUCCGCGUCCCGGUCCGCGACGACGCCGAACGCGAACGCGUCGUCGUCGCGCGCGGGCGCCGUAGCCUCCUCCUCGCGAGCGCGCGCGACGACGCCGUCGUCCGCGUCGCCCGCGAACGUCCGAAGCGUCUUCGGCGCCGCGCUCGUCGCGAAGGCGACGACGUCCGCGAAGAAGAAGCCGCCGCUCUCGACGACGACGCCGUCGUCGCGCGACCGCGAGGCGACGGUCAGCGCAAAGAUGGCCGCGUCGUCGUCCAAGCGCGCGGCGUACGGCGACGCCCUCCGCGCGCGCUGGCGCCGCGCCGCCGUCCUUCGCGCCGCCGCCGGCGACGACAAAGACAAAGAGAACGCGACGCCGUCGUCGUCGGCGCGCGCGUUCGACGACGCAAACCCCGCGCGCGAGGUGGACGCGGAGGACGAGUGGACGAACUCCUCGGACGACGACGACGACGACGGAUCGAUCCACCGGCGGCCGCGGCGGUGGGACGGCGAGGUCGCGAGCGCGGACGCGGCGCUCGCGCGCGGCGACCUCGACGUCGCGACGAAGCACCUGCUCACGGCGAUCGCGCUCGCGCGCGUGCAGCGAACGAUCGCGAGCGCGACGACGACGACGGCGACGACGACGACGACGACGGGCGCCCCGCCCCGACGGGGAACGUACCAUACACUGGGUCCCUCGCUUUCAAUCCCGAUACACCUCGAUGCCUUUCAACUCCGUCUGACGCCUUUCAACUCCACCCCGACAGCAGGAAUGUCCCCGAAGACGGCGCGCGCGGAGUGCGCGCUUCGAACGCGGCUCGCGGAGGCGUACCUCGACGGCGCGGAUAACGCCGUCGACGACGACGCGGACGAGCUCCGCGACGCCGCGGUGGCGCAGCUCCGCGCCGCGGUCGACGCCGCGGCGCCGUGCGCGGCGUCGCGCGCGGCGCCGCCCGCGACGCGACGUGCGAUGGAGAGCGCGAGGAACGACGCGAGACUGGCGCUCGUGAAGGCGUUGGAGAGCCGGGGCGAACGCGCGGAAGCCGCCGUCGUCGCGCGCGAGGGGCUCGCGUCGCUGACGUCGAGCGAGGAAACGACGCGCGAGGACGGAAGCUUCGACGAGCUGCACGCGGAAGAGCGCCUCGCCGCGCUCGUGACGCUCUGUCUCCACGAGGCGGACGACGCGUUGGCCAGCGCGAAGGCGUCGUCGCGGCGACUCGCGAGCGUCGCGAGGGAAAAACGCGCCGUCGCCGCCGCGAUCGAGUCCGACCGCGCCGCGAUGGUGAAGCGCACGUUUAAAGCGCACGCCGACCCGGAGGCGAUGUACGCCGCGAGCGGCGCGUUCGCGACGGAAGCCGCGGCUCGGAUCGCGCCGGUGGAGGCGCGAAGGAAGCGAAGAGAGGAGGAGACGUCGCGCGCGUACGACGAAGCGAGGGCGACGCUCGACGACGCGCGCGUUCGCGUCGCCGCGCACGUCGCGCGGACGGCCGACGAGAGAGACGGCGUGAGCAGCUCCGGCGGCGGCGUGCGCGGCGUACCCGCGCGUCUCCUUGCUCAGGUGCUCCUGCGCUCGACGAUGGCCGCGCGAGGCGCGAAGGACUGGAAGACGGCGGCGGAGCACGUCGACGCGUUGCUGUCGCUGAGGCGCGUUGGUCCCCACACUGGUUCCCAUACGACCGCGUUCGCGUGGUGA